AUGUGUCAGGACUAUACCGACCUGAAUAAGGCAUGUCCGAAGGACAGUUUCCCCUUACCGAGAAUCGACCAGCUCGUUGACGCAACCGCUGGACACGAGCUGCUUAGCUUCAUGGACGCCUAUUCAGGGUAUAACCAGAUCUUCAUGGACCCUACCGAUAGCGAGCAUACGACGUUCAUCACCGACCGCGGGUUGUACUGUUACAAUGUCAUGCCUUUCGGCCUGAAAAACGCGGGGGCAACGUAUCAACGGCUCGUCAAUCGAAUUUUUGCUGAACACAUCGGCGGCAUUAUGGAAGUAUAUGUCGACGACAUGUUGGUGAAAAGCCGAACGACAUGGGGGCAUUUGGAAAACCUAGCCCUCAUGUUCGAUAUACUAAAGGACUGCCGAAUAAGGCUGAACCUAAUGAAGUGCGCCUUCGGUGUAUCUUCCGAGAAAGCAGAGCUUCCAAUUUUUUAUGUCAGGAAGGCUCUUCAAAGGGCGGAACUUCGGUACCCACCCUUGGAGCAGCUGGCACUUGCCCUUGUUGUCUCGGCGCGAAGGCUCCGCCCAUACUUCCAAGCACACGAGAUCACGGCACUAACCAAUCAGACCCUUCGGCAGGUACUUCAAAAACCAGAAACGUCCGGCAGGUUGGUCAAGUGGGCGAUCGAGCUCAGAGAAUUUGACAUACAGUUCAAGCCAAGGCCUGCAGAGAAGGGUCAAGUUGUCGCCGACUUCAUCCCCGAGCUCACACCCGCACCUUCGGAUGCACCCUCUCCGAACGCUGUUAUUACAGAACGAGGAAACAUGGAUGCCAAUCGAUUUGAUCUUUCGGUACCUCUAUGGAUCCUACAUGUUGACGGCUCGGCGAACCAACAGGGUUGUGGAGCUGGUUUGGUGUUAACUACUCCAGACGGGUGCAAAGUCGAAUAUGCCCUCCGAUUCAACUUCAGAACCUCUAACAACAAGGCGGAGUAUGAGGCUCUAUUGGCCGGCAUUCGGCUAGCCAAGAGCAUGAGCGCCAAACAAAUCAGCAUCCAUAGUGACUCCCAGCUCAUAGUGAAUCAAAUAACGGCAAACUUCGCAGCAAAGGAUGCCUCCAUGUCCUCCUACCUAUCGGCAGCCCACCAACUCCUACAAAGGUUCCAGGCUUACGAGAUUCAGCAGAUCCCCAGCACGAAAACGGCAGAAGCAUGUACCGUACGGUACGAGGACACAUGGAUGUCUCCAAUUUACGCAUUACUGACGAACGGAACCCUGCCCACCGAUAAGUCCCAAGCUCGGAAGCUCCGUUAUCGAUCGGCAAGAUACACAGUCAUCGACGAUGUUCUGUACAAGCGAGGCUACACCACGUCGUAUCUGAAAUGCCUCACUAAGGAGCAGGGGGACUAUGUCCUUUCGAGAAGUCCACGGUGGGGUCUGCGGUGA